GUCUGCGAUUCCAUCACCGAUCCUAAAGACGCGAGACUGCGAGAAUUUGGUCAUCUUUUCAAGAAGACGGUGGCGGAUUCUAAUGCGCCGGUGCAGGAGAGGGCGCUGGACGCGUUGAUUGCGUUCUUAAGAGCAGCUGAUGCUGAUGCCGGAAGGUAUGCGAAGGAAGUCUGUGACGCCAUUGUAGCAAAAUGUCUUACUGGUCGGCCUAAGACAGUGGAGAAGGCACAGGCAGCAUUUAUGCUCUGGGUAGAGUUGGAGGCUGUGGAAGUUUUCCUGGAUGCAAUGGAGAAAGCUAUAAAGAACUAAGUUGCCAAAGCUGUUGUGCCUGCAAUUGAUGUCAUGUUUCAAGCUUUAAGUGAAUUUGGAGCAAAAAUUGUACCCCCUAAAAGGAUCCUUAAGAUGCUUCCUGAACUUUUCGAUCAUCAAGAUCAAAAUGUUCGUGCAUCCUCCAAAGGACUCACACUUGAGCUUUGUCGUUGGAUUGGAAAAGAUCCUGUUAAGUCAAUUUUGUUCGAGAAAAUGAGGGAUACAAUGAAAAAAGAGCUAGAGGCCGAGCUUGUCAAUGUAACUGGGACAGCCAAGCCAACACGGAAAAUAAGGUCUGAGCAAGACAAGGAGCCAGAACAGGAGGCUGUUACUGAAGCUGCAGGUCCUGGGCCAUUAGAAGAAUCUGCUGCUGAUGUUCCUCCGGAAAUAGAUGAGUAUGAGCUUAUUGAUCCUGUUGAUAUUUUAACUCCUUUGGAGAAGUCUGGAUUUUGGGAUGGAGUGGUCAGUACCUUUUAACUUGCAUCUUUCUCAUUUGACAUGCCAUGGAUCCUUUUUUUUUUUUCUUGUUUGUUUGUUUAUGUGAUUUGCUUUUAUCUGACAUUGUUAUCUCUGAAUUGCUAUUUUGCUGGUAUCAUUGAUCAUUUCUUUUUCUUUUUUUCUUUUUUGUUUUUUGUUUAUUACUUUUGCUUGCUUAUCACAGAUGUGAACAUUGCUGUUGCAGUUGAAGCCAUCCAAGCUAUAGGCAACCUUGCCCGGGGUUUGAGAACUCAUUUUUCCGGGAGUUCCCGGUUUUUGUCGCCAGUUCUACUUGUAAGUGCAGUAGGAUUACUUAGUAUGUAUGCAUACACCUUUUCUUUUGUUCCAUAUUUUUCAAAAGGGUAAAUAUUGAUUUUUGUUCUCAAUCUCUAGUGAACAUCUAGUCUUUUACCUUUUUGCAUGUUAACUGGAUCCCUAUCAAUGAACAGGCCACCUCAAG